AUGUCGAGCUUAGAAAUGCAGCUAAGUGCUUUCAAAGUGAUUAUACAGAAGUCCACAAUACGCGUCGUUUGUCCUCAAUGCCUUCAAGGGUUUCCCCGUGCCAAUGUCCUCUACCGCCACUUCAAGACCGAGAAAGACAACAUUCAUAUGGGUCUCAGCAUGCGAAAAGUUGAUUUUGAAAAGUUCCUUGACUGCUACCAAGAGGCUCUGGGGGCUUCAAUCCCUGCCGAAAAGCUACAUUAUGGUUUCGAUUGUUUUGAGGUUAAGUUUGUGGUUGAACAUUAUGCCAAUGAUGCUGAAAAAGUUCAAAUGAACACUUCCUCUCAGUCAUUAAAGGUGUAUAAAACUCAUUUGCCCUUUGAAGCAUGA